CCUGCCCUUAUUAGUCCCUUUCCCAGCUGAUCAGGGAUCCAGCCCUUGGCUAGCUUCCAUGAGACAUUCCUGCUGGCAAGAGAUCUCCAUAACGGGACGCGUCGGUGCCCCUUUUCCUCCCCCGACAGGCCCUGACUUCCAGCCCCCUUUCAGCAUCAGGGCGAUUCGCGACCGCCCUGCGGCCCCCGUCCGGAGUCCAUUCUUGGGGUACGCUCAGGCCUGCCCCAGCUCCAGACGGUAAAGACAGGGCCGGGCGGGCUGAUCGAUCACAUGCUUGGCUGGGGUUCGCUGUAACCCUCAGGGAACGGCCUUCAUCCCCAGCGGUUUCAGAAGGGAAUAGUCUACCUGUUACCCCUCGCUGCAAAUAUGUCCUGUGCAAACAUCUCGCAGGCACCUGGACGGUGGGCUGGUCCUUAGCCUUGGGCAGAGCCCACGCUCCUCCCUCACCUCGGGGAACGAUCAGGUGUAACGUACCUGCCUGCGCAAAUCGGUGUCAUGCCCCGUCGGCCCGUUCCAAGCACGGUGCAGACAUCAACCAGCGCUGCUCCUGGAAGGGAGGCAACUCCCUCGGCUUUCCGAAGCAGGGAAAAGAGGCAGCGACCGGAGCAAGGCAGAGCUCAGGUGGUCCCCAGAGCCACGCUGCACCCAGCUGGGACCUGCUCCCCUCAGCACAGCAGCAUCUCCCAGGUGUGGCUCGACCUGGACCUCCGGGCAGAGUUUGUGCAGCGGUGACAGCGCCUCUGGCUGGCUCCAGCAGCGGGGAUUGAACCCACGGACUUUGUAGCUGGCCCCUUCCUGUUUGUUGCUCUCAUCCGGUGCUGGGUAAACAGUUGCUUCCCCCUCAGUCUGAAGCUGUCUGGUGACCCCCCAGGACGGUGCUUCAAGGCGCUUUUGGGAAGGAAGCGGCUCCUCCUCCCACCGCUCCCGAAAGGGCCUGGAUCCAGGACGUCCCAGGAUGCGUCUGGUGCAGAAGUCCCUGUGUUUGCUGCUGGUCGUCACGGCAUCCCUGGCCCUGCUCUACCUGCACGUCUGGUUGCCCAAGUCCUACAGCACAGUCGACCUGCGCAACCGGCCAGACCAAGCCCCCGAGCAGCUGCUGGGUGAGCCCUUGCUGGGCCCCUCCAACAAGUUCGCCCACAUCCCCUUCCGGCUCAAGGAGGAGAUCGUCGAGCUGCUGCCCAGGAACUCCUGCUCGUGCGAGGUGGCGCCCGGCGGGAAGCUGCCCUUCCCCAAACAGCUCUUCAGCCCCCUCUACUCGCUGGAGUUCGCCUCCGCCCUCGGCCCCGCGGAGCUGGCGCGGCUCCGCCGCAGCCGGGAACAGGAGUACCAGAGCUACCGGCAGCGGACCCAGUCUCCAGCUGACCAGCUGCUGAUCGUCAGAGCCAACUCCCCGCUGGAGUACCCUGCCCAGGGCGUGGAGGUGCGCCCGCUCCGGACUAUCCUCAUCCCAGGGCUCAGCUUGCAGGCAGCCAGCAGUAAACUGUACAAGGUGACCCUGACGGCCACCCUGGGCACCCUCGACGUGGCGGCGGUGGUGGAGGGGGUGAAGGCGCAGGGCGAGGGGGAGACGUGUCUCUCGCUAUCAGCCACCCAGCUGGACAACCUCAACCGCCAGCUGCAGUUCGUCACCUACACCAACACGCUUUUCCACCCCAACACCGCGGACACAGUGCAGUUUGCCACCGAUGGGCACCAGGCGUCUUUCACCAUCCGAAUCCGCCAUGCGCCCACGCCCAAGCUCUAUAACCCAGGUACCCCGGGCGAUGGCGGAGCAGAUUACAACAUCAGCGCCCUGGUCACCAUUGCGACCAAGACCUUCCUGCGGUACGACAAGCUCCGGGUGCUGAUCGCCAGCAUCCGCCGCUUCUACCCCACGGUGACCAUCAUCAUCGCGGACGACAGCCAGCACCCCGAGGCCGUGGGGGGCCCCCACAUAGAGCAGUACUUCAUGCCCUUCGGCAAGGGCUGGUUCGCAGGGCGCAAUCUAGCCAUUUCCCAGGUCACCACCAAGUACGUGCUGUGGGUGGACGAUGACUUCAUCUUCACGCCCCGAACCCGGGUGGAGAAGCUGGUGGACGUGCUGGAGAAAACCAGCCUGGACCUGGUGGGGGGCGGAGUGCGGGAGAUCACGGGGGUCACCACCACCUACCGGCAGAAGAUCAGCGUGCAGGCGGGGGGCGAGGAGGGCGACUGCCUGCAGACGCGCCAGGGCUACCACCACCUCCUCGAGGGCUUCCCCGACUGCGUGGUCACCGACGGCGUUGUCAACUUCUUCCUGGCCCGCACGGCCAAGGUGCUGGAGGUGGGGUUUGACCCCCGGCUCAGCCGCGUCGCCCACCUGGAGUUCUUCAUCGAUGGGCUGGGCGUGCUGCAUGUGGGCUCGUGCGCCGACGUGGUGGUGGAUCACGCCUCCAAGCUCAAGCUGCCCUGGCAGAAGUCGGAGAGCGAGAAGCAGUACGCCAAGUUCCGCUACCCCACCUCGGGCGACAGCAGCGUCAGCGUCAAACACGGCCUCUUCUACUUCAAAAACCGCUUCAAGUGUAUGACGAGCAACUAGCCCCACCGGGCUACCGGCCCCACCCUGCCAGCGAGCCGGACCCCAGGGAGAGCCCCAUUCCCCCCCGCCCCAUGGAGCUGGGGCUUUUUAUCCUUGUACCAGGCCAGGGAGGUGACCCCUGCUACCCCAGCUCUCCGGUGCCUCCAGACCCAGCACCAUCCCUAUGCCCUGCUGUGUCCAUGGGGGGCGGAAGGCUCCCCCACUUUCCCAGCAGGCCCUAGGGGAAGCCAGAAUGGCACAGUGGGAUACUGGGAAAUCCCCUGGACCACAGGAUGGGGGGGUGAGGGCUGGCUGGGAAGAGCUUACAGCAUCCCAGUGGCCAAGCCCCCACCUUCCCCAGGAGAUGCUGUUUUAUACUACAGACCUGCCCCCAUUCACUGCCAGAUUUCUCCAACGCCCCCCGCAGGAGAGAACUGGCACAGCCCCCGCCCCUCCCAGCUGCCCCAGGACAAGCACCAGGGCCUCAUUUUAUUUUGUGCCAAGUGGUUAUAGCCAGUCCACCCCCAUUGCCAUCCCUGGGAGAUUGCCAACGUCAAGUGCCAAAGACUGCGGGGCGGGGGCAGCCCCUUGAGCAAGGGGAAGGGCUGACGCCCAUGGCUGGGUUGGGGGGCACCGCCAUGGGGGGGGGACGACUAGUCAUUCCCAGUGUCGGCUGGUGGCUGAGAUCUCUUUUGGAGCGUGGGGACUCUUUCUACCCAGAAUCCAAGAGCGUGGGCACAAGGCGAAGGGCCAGCCCCAGCCCCACACUACUCAGAGAAGGCCCCAUGACCAGAGCGUUGGACGAGGCAGAGGCUUCUAAUCUAGGAUACGGGGGGGCAGGAGCUGGCUGGUCGCUGUGGGAACUGGAGGCAGAACGCUGGGACCGUUUGUGUCGCGCGCGUGUGUGUGUUUAAUGUGAGCGACCGAGGAGCCGGGCACUGCCAGGAGACCCAGGGCUGGCAGAUGGCAUGCUUGAGCUGCCAUCCCCAGCUGCUGUUUUCUACAGGGAGAGAGAGGUGAGGUUUUAAGGGAAAAAGAUGUUUUUUAUUUAAAAAAAAAAAAUCCAUAUGCAAGUAUUCUCUUUGCCCUAAAGGUUAUCCAAGUCACGCCCCCUCUGUCCUGAGUCCUACAGUCAUGGUUUAGCAGAACCAGAGAAAAACUUUGUACGUUUUGGUUUGUUUUUUAAAAACGUUGGCCUCCGAACCAGUGGGGCAGUAACAUUAGAGGCUAUGUCCCCCCACUGGCUGCAGUGUCCCCCUCCAGUGACCCAGCUCUGCAGUGUACCUCUCCUUGCUAGCAAGAUGGUAGUGUGAUGCCAGCCUGGGGCUAGGGGCAGCCCUGGGGGAGCAUGGUAUGGGAGGGGGGCAGGAGGCACAGGCUGAGAGGACAGAUGCAGCCUGCGGAGGUGGUGCUGGGGGCCAGGGCCUGCAAUCAGCCAGAGUGUGUGUGUGUGGGGGGGGGGGGGGGGGGAAGAGAGGAUUAUUCCCUGGGCUCCAUCUCAACCCUGCCGGGGGGCGGGGAAGAGGGCUGGAUGCAGGGGGCCAUCCCAGGCAGGGGGGAGGCCCCUGCCUGCCAAAAGCACAUUCCCUGCUGUCCCUUCCCUGCGUGAAGGGGUCAGGGACACCUGCCCUAAUGCCAUGCCAUCCUGUGACACCAGCAGCUGAAGCACCACCGGGGGGGGGGCCCUGUGGGAGUUGAACCCCCCCCCUCCCCCCAAGCACAGACAAUUGGGGGAGGACAAUAAAAUAAAGGGAUUUUGGUUCCUU